CACAUUCACCUUCCUUCUUCCUCCCCCCCCCCGGCACGUCGUGCGUUAUUCAAUGGGAGCUGCUCUCAAGUAGCUGCCCUCCUCGCCGUCUCAUCCGCCGCGCUGUCGAAGAGGUCACCAUGCUCCUCGUCUCUCUCGAAACUGCCCCCGUCGCCCGUCUUGCAUCGUCUACCGGUUUAAUCGUACGUGAAGAGAUCCUCGCGGUCCCUUUGCUCUAGCUCGUCCGCCGCCCUCCUCCCUCGAUCACUCCGCUCCGCAGCAGUUCUUGUUGUGCGGGCCCUGUAUCUAGUCAGAAGGUUCCACGGAUUUCAGUUUAACGGUUUAAUCGCGACGACUUUGUACAGACGGCGACGGGAGGUGUCUUUCCUCUGUCUUGACCCCCCCUCGCUCUCCUCGAAGAUGAAUUGCGGCGAAGAUGAUUCGCCGCCUUACAUCGCAUCCUAUCGCAACGGUCCCUACAGCUCCUCCAUCGCCUCCUCGGCUUCCUCCUCAUCCGCCUCGGUCUGGUCCGAUGCCUCGUCCCAAUCCUCCGACGACUCCUCAGUGACCGGCGCAUCCGACGACCUUGACGCCCCCGAGUCGUGCUGCUACACCCGCCCCCCCGCGCCUGUGUACGCGCCCGCCAACAGGACCGGCGAACAAGGCCUCACCCUCACCACGCAAUGGCCUCGCCAGAAGGUCCCCGCCGAGCAGCGCCAGCAUCCACGGCGGACCAGUGCCCCCACGGCCACGCGCACCGGCUGCCCCCCUGCCUUAGUACGGCAAUGCGAUCGCAAGGUCAACUUCGUCGAUAGCCUCGUCGAUUCCUCGGCCCAGAUUGUGGAAGCGAUCUGGCCCCUCUCCUCCGUCGUCUGUCGGAGCGAGAUGGGGAGCAAGGGCGUCCUGCCCCUGCGCACCUUCAUUCAGGAGACGCUCCGCAGAUCGCGGACGAGUUACUCGACCCUGCAGGUCGCCCUCUACUACCUGAUCCUGAUCAAACCCCACGUCCCCCGCCAUGAUUUUACCAUGGAACAGCCCGACGAUGCGCACUCGCUGCGCGCGUUGCAGUGCGGCCGCCGCAUGUUCCUCUCCGCCCUCAUCCUCGCCUCCAAGUAUCUGCAGGAUCGUAACUACUCGACCCGCGCCUGGAGCAAGAUCUCCGGCCUGAACACGGUCGAAAUCAACCAGAACGAGAUGGCUUUCCUCCUUGCCGUCAACUGGCGCAUCCACAUCACCGAUGCCGUCUUCCAACGCUGGACCGACAUCGUCCUGAAGUACACCCCGACCCUCCCCCCGUCGCCGGGUUCGCCGUGUCCGCGAUUAGCCGAUCAGCCGUCGGACUGGAAGUCGAUUGUCCUGCGGCUGAAUCCCGAGCUGGACAACAUCGACGGCAUCGCGCCAACCACUCCGGCGCCAGCAACCUCUGCUCAAGCAAGUGUGAGAUCGAUCAGCGCGGCGUGCCCGCGGACCUACGUUCCCCUAGUCGCCGAACGCUCCACGUUUGGAUAUGGUUCCGCCGAAUCUACCCCUACCCCCAAAUAUUACUCUCCUAAUGUCAUGGAACCGUCCCCCGCGGCUGCUUACCCUCCCAGCAAGCCCGCCCCGGCCCUCGGUCUGCUCCCCACGCCCAGACUGACCCCGCAGAGCACGGGAUGCAACACUCCUGCAGUGAGUGCUGCGACGUCCUGCGUGCUCAGCAAGCCGGCCAUGGGGUACGCCAUGGCUCAGGCUUCCAACGUCUGCGCGUCUCAGAUGACGGACCGAUGGCAGACCUCCUCCCCGCAAUCAUACGUGGUCUGCCAACGCCGGUCGUCCUUGGCCACCUCGGUCUCGUCGAUGUCGUCGCCCGAGUCGAUGAUCUCGGAUACCUCGUCGCGAUCGUCUCGUUCAUCUUCGAUCUCCUCGGCCUCCAGCCUGAUGAGCGCGAAUGUCGCGUCCAAACUGGAUGUGCAAGCGCGCUGUCGGUAUGCGAAGCUGUGCAGCGAGAAGAUGAGCCGGGCCGCCAUCACGACGGUACCGGAAGGAUACUGCGACAAUGGCCCGACGUCGUCGCCCGAUUCGUGCACCGGACCGGUGGGCAAGGACUUUCUCGAGCUGUCGUUGGAUACGCCGGUGGCCAGGCGCGAUGUCGACGUGGACUACUUCACCAAGGACGAAGAGGCGGCGCGGGCUCUGCAGGAGUUGCAUAACCACCCGCGGUCCGUGGAGUCGCCUCCCAACCGCGCGGGCGCGAAGCGCAGCCGGACCGAAUCGAUCGACGGCUCGCUGCAAGAGAACGUGCGAGAGAUGUUGACUGGACGCUAUCAGUCCGAGAGGGGUUGGUCAGAUGACCUGGUGCGGUUCCGUGCGGGACGUGCCAUGGAGAUCAACCUCAACCAAGUCGCUGUGCGCUCGAUAUCAGGGGCGUCAUUCGGGCAGAAGAGGGUCUGCUGUGCGACGGAAGCUACUCGUAAUCUCCCUAAUCUUCACCCGGCCCUGGGCGGCCUCGGUGGGCCCGGCAUGUGGGAAGGAAUACUUAAUUAA